AUGGAGUUGCCCCCGGACGUCCUCGUGAGCAUCGUCCAGCGGCUCCCUCCGAGCUCCCGGCGGCUGACCCGCCUGGUCUGCCGGCAAUGGCGCGACGUCGUGGACACGCGCACGGCGGAGAUGCAGAGCCGCGCCAAGCUUCUGGUCACCACCCCCGCGGGCUCGGCCUACUUCGCGUCCGAUCUAUACACAGGGAGACCCGGAAGAUAUCUUUGGAAAAACAACGCGCGCCACUACAAAGGCAUAAUGGUCGUCGGCACCUGCAACGGCCUGAUCUGCCUCUGCGACAACCGAGAGGCCAGUGGCGUGAUCACCCUGGUUAACCCGGCCACCGCCGAGAGGCUGCCUCUCCCGCCGCUACCGUCGCACGCCACGGUGCGGGACUUCACGGUACGCUCGCACGAGAGGUACGGCUUCGGGUACCACCCCACGACUGGGCGGCACAAGGUCGUGCAUGUGGGGGAUUACGGCAGGAAGGGGAACCCUCAGGUGAAUGUGUUCACGUUGGGGGAGGCGUCGUGGCGCGACGUCGCCACGGCCCCUGGCCCAAGAUGCGAUUAUGAAGCGCACAUCGUGGGCGUCGACGGCACCAUGUACUGGGCCGCCAAGCGUGGCAAGAAGCUCAUGGCGUUCGACCUAGAUUGCGAGCGUCUCACGUUCAUCAAGUCGCUGCCGGAGGCGUCGUCUAACAGCUGGCACCUCGCGGCGGUGCUGGGGAGGUUGGGGAUCCUGUUUUUUCACGAGCGGAUUCAAAAGUGUGAGAAAAGUGAAAAUCUGUAUUUCUGA